CUGACACAUCAUUUUCAAAAUGUCAUCACUCGAAAGUUGGGCUAUUGAUAAACUUAGUGUAUUUUUGGGAUUCGACCCAGAGACUUUACAAACACAAAUUAUACCUUAUUUAAUGUCAUCAAAUUCACCUGAUGCUUUUGCAGACCAAUUAAUGGAUAUGGUAGGCACAAGUGAUGAUGCUUUAAAUUUUAUUCAAGAAUUCACAGCACGUCGAUUUCAAAAAGAAACAAAAAAGCAACCAUUAACGCCAGUUACAAACAAGAUGCCUCCUGUUAGUAUCGUAGAAGAGUCAUCAGCACCUAUUUUGGAUACAACAGUAGAGAAUGCAUUCCCUUCUUUGCCCUCACAAUCAUAUGAAACAGUUUGGCCAGCAAAUAUUAACGUACAUCAAAAAAAGGAAGAUGAAUAUUUUGCUGGACUACGUAAAUCUAAACGAUCUAAAAAUCGAUCCCAACAAUCCUCAGCAACAAAGGAAUUAAGAGCUACUGCAUUCCCUUCGGAACAGAAAAAGGAAACGAGUAAAAAGAAGGAGUCUAACAAAAAGAAUAAGGAAAUGACGUUAGAAGCCGCUCUCAAGGAACUUGAUAUUAAAUCAUCUGAAAUAGGCAAAAAACGAAAAACAUGUAACUGUCAAGCUACGAAGCAUCCCUUAUUAAUUGUGGCGCCCAAUUGUCUCAGCUGUGGGAAAAUUAUUUGUACGGCGGAGGGUGUAGGGCCUUGUACAUUCUGUGGCUCGCCUGUCCUUUCAAAGGAACAGCAAAUUGCUCUGAUUGCACAAGCAAAGAGGAAGCGUGCAGAAGAAAAAAGGGCCAAAAAUCAACCAAAACGAGUAUUAUCGACACCGCAAAAGAGUGGUAUGGCUGCCUAUGCCUCAAAACUUGGAGGAAGUAUGUUAUCGCCCUAUCAAAGUAGUGAUGAAGAUGACAUAAUGAUGCAAAAUCGAUUGAAGGCAGAGCAACAUAAAGAUAAAUUAUUAGAAUUUCAAAGAACAAGUGCUCAACGCAGUACGGUGAUUGAUCAAGCUACAGAUUUUGAGUUACCAACAGACCAAUCAAAUCCAUGGUUGACGCCACAAGAGAGGGCGUUAGCAUUGAAAAAGCAACAGGCUAAUUUGAAAAGAUUAGAACAACGUGGAAAUGCUAAUAGACAUAAAGUGAUGACUAUUGAUAUACAAACAAAGCAAGUGAAAGUUGAGGAUGCAACUCAACCAUCAUCAUCAUCAGAAGACGAAGACAAUGAAGAAAACCCAGUUGAUAUUAAGAAUAAAAGGCCUUCUAAUCCUGAAGAUACUACUUCGGCAGGAACAUAUGCCUAUAAUCCUUUAUUAAAGGGAAUCACGGCACCUAAAUUUAUUAGUAAACAAAAAGAUAAACACAAAUCUAAAGGGCGAUUAAGAAGAAAGGAGCGUGUUCAGUAUGAGUUGGAUGAUGUCAUGAAUGAUUACAUGUAUUCAACAAGUGUAGCUGACGAUGAUACAGUUGAUCUCCUUCAUGAACCUGUUGCUUGUCCAUAAUAAAUUACUGUAAUAAAAUAAAACCCCGAUAUCAAUUGCCUUUUACUUGGAAAUUUUAUAAUAAAGAUCUAUUCUUUUUUUUUUUUUGAUUGAUUGAUUGUUUGGUAAUUAUGAAUUUUGCAGCGCUU